UCCGCCAUAUUUUCCUGUGCUUCCAAUAUUCUCUGAGUGAAACUACAUUGGACAAGCAGUUUUUGUUUCAUUCUUAGCAAAAUUACGUGAUUAGAACUGUUCAACGGUACAUUAACAAUCCAUUUUAAUAUUGUUUCUUUAUGUGACUCGUGCAUUAUUCAUGUCCUUUUUUAAGCUUAGAAAUGCGUCGUUCACCGCGAGUGCAUUCUAUGUGUUAUGAUUUGUUUAUUGAUUACGAUGCAUUCAUAAUGUUUACUUACUGAAAACGUCUUUCGAUCUAAGUCAUAUUGUCAUUUAUUUGAAAUCUAAUUGAUUUACUUAAUUUGUGUAUUAAAAAGCUAUCAAAUUCAAUUGAUCGCUGUACGAUAUUUUUUUUUGAAGAAAAAAGAGUUCCAAUUUGUACCAAAAUAGAUUAGCUUGUAAAUACAUGGAUUAUUUUAGGAAACUGUACGAAUCAAAAUACAUGAUUUCACAUUAUAUUUGGUACAUUAUACAUGGGUCAAAUUAAGCAAGAAUUUGUGAAAGUAUCAUUUCUUGUACAAAUGUGAACAAGUUUGGAACAAGUUUUCCAAAAUGAUAGACACAUCUAUAAAUUCUUGUACUAAUUCAAAUGUUUCGCUUGGAAUAGAUCAAGCGUGUUUCAGUAUUUUGAAUUUAUAUAUUAAUCCUGUCAUCUUCUAUGCAAUAGCAUGGCAAGCUUACACAGGUACUGGUGUCCCAUUGGCUACUUUAGAACCAAAAAGUAAUACAAGUUUGAUAAUAAGCACAAAAUACCCAUUACACAUAUAUUAUCAAACUGUUGAACCACAUAAAAAUUAUGAAUAUUGUCACACAACUUACACCUUCAAGGAAUAUGGUAGUUAUGGAUGGAAUAUAUCAAAUGCUAAUAUAUGUUCUAAUAUUUAUGUAAUACAUGAACCAACAAAUAGCUACUUUCCAAUUUUGACAGCAUUUAUGAUAUAUAUGUUAUUAGCAGUCACAUGGACAACAUCUAAAGUUAUUAUACGAGUAAUAAGAGGAAAAUUGUCCCCCAAUAAUGUAUAUGAUGAUUUGAAUAGACUUCAAGAAGAGAAUACAACACAUCCAGUAAUUAGAGUUACGAAAUUCAGCAGUAGAAUACAAUCAGUAGACGCGUUUAGAGGAAUUACAAUAUUAUUGAUGAUAUUUGUCAAUAAUGGAGGAGGAAAGUACGUUUUCUUCAAUCAUAGUGCAUGGUUUGGACUUUCCGUAGCCGAUUUAAUACUUCCUUGGUUUGCAUGGAUUAUGGGUAUGUCAAUAACAAUCUCAAAACGGGCAGAACUUCGUUUAACAACAUCACGCGUUAAAAUAACGUUAUGUUGUCUUCGACGAUCAGCGAUAUUGAUUCUUCUCGGAUUAAUGUUAAAUUCAAUUGAUAGUAAAUCUUUAAACGAUCUUCGUUUUCCUGGUGUUCUUCAGUUACUAUCUGUGUCGUAUUUCGUAUGCGCCAUAUUGGAAACAAUCUUCAUGAAACCUCAUUCUCAGGAUAUCUUACUCCAGUUCGGCCGUUUCGCUAUAUUCCGAGACAUCUUAGAUAGCUGGCCUCAAUGGUUAAUUAUGGCAGGCAUUAUGACUACGCACACAUUAAUUACAUUCUUCCUCCAUAUACCGAAUUGUCCGACGGGUUACUUUGGACCAGGUGGAAAAUAUCAUUAUCGUGGAAAGUACAUGAAUUGCACCGCUGGCGCAGCUGGCUACAUAGAUAGAUUGAUCUUUGGAAAUCAUACGUAUUCUAGAAUAACAAACUCUAUUUAUGGUCAAAUCUUACGUUAUGACCCUGAAGGACUGAUGAACACUAUAUCGGCUAUAUUUAUUGUUUAUUUGGGAGUUCAUGCUGGCAAAAUUUUAUUGCUGUAUUAUCAGGGUAAUGCCAGGCUGAUUAGGUGGUUCUUAUGGGCAGUAUUUACAGGUAUUAUUGCUGGAAUUUUAUGCAAUUUCGAAAGCGAAGGAGGAGUGAUUCCAGUUAGCAAAAGAAUGAUGACAUUAUCGUACGUUCUGACUUGUUCUAGUUUUGCUUUUUUGUUGUAUGCACUUUUAUACUUUCUUAUUGACUAUAAACAAUUCUGGAGUGGAGCUCCUUUUAUUUAUGCUGGGAUAAAUCCAAUUUUUCUGUACGUUGGUCACGUUUUGACAAAAGAUUUAUUCCCAUGGGCAUGGAAUAUCGUUCAUCCUACCCAUGGUUCUCUUCUGACUAUGAAUUUAUGGACAACAACUUUAUGGGCAAUAAUUGCAUAUCUUCUUUAUAGGAAAGAUAUUAUCAUAACUAUUUAAAAGUAUAUCUAUUAGCGUAAUAAUAUUUACCAUAGCCUUAACAUAAAUGAAAUAUUUUUUUUUUGUGCUAUAAGACUUCCUUUCUUUUUUACGUUUGAUAGAACAAAAAAGAAAUGUUAGAUAACUGUAUUAUAGGCAAAGAAAUAUAAUAAUGCAAGAAAAGAAUUAAUAACACAUUUAUAUUUGAGAACAUUGUUAACAUUGAUUAAUAAAUAUUAGGGAAAAAGGUAA